UUUUUGUCUCGGAACUCAAGCUUUGGUUCAGACGCUAUCUCUGAAACAUCCGCACCAAAUCAUGACCCAGGGUGGUGGACAUCUAAGGCUAGACGGCUUUGGUCAAACGUCGAUGUUUUUUGAACUUAAUAAAAUGAGCGGGUCAAAUGAAGAGACUAUGCAAGAUGGCAUAUGCGAAAAUGAGCAAGAACAGUCGAUGAAGAAGUUGAAGAAGGAAUGUGUCGAUGGAUCGGACGAGUGCCAGUCAUUGAGCCCUUAUAAAAAAGAGACCCCAGUUAAAGUUGAGAAAAUCAGCAAAGCGAUAGUAAGCGAUUCAUCUACGAUGAGUUAUUUUGACGUUUUGCCUUCUGAUAUGGCGGAAACCAAGCCGAGUCCAAGGGCGAAGAGUCCUAAUUUGUUCAAGGAUGUCAAAGACAACGUUCCAAUUGCAGAAGAGUUAUUGGAGGAACGAAAAAAGUGCCAGCAUGAAAUGUGUGUGCCACCUGGGUGGCAAGGCGAUCCUUGGGACGAAAAUACGCCGGCUAAUCCCAACAGAAAGGCGGCCAAGGAGUUCUCCUUUUCGCUUGAUCCAUUUCAGCGCGUCGCGAUAGCCUGUCUGGAGCGCAAUGAGAGCGUGCUCGUUUCCGCGCACACCUCCGCGGGAAAGACAGUUGUAGCUCAAUACGCAAUUGCGAUGGCGCUGCGCGACGGUCAGCGCGUCAUCUACACAUCCCCCAUCAAGGCGCUGUCGAACCAGAAGUACCGCGACCUGCACGACGAGUUCAAGGACGUCGGCCUGAUGACGGGGGACAUUUCCAUCAACAGCGACGCGAGUUGUUUGGUGAUGACCACUGAAAUUUUGCGCUCGAUGCUGUACCGCGGGUCCGAGCUACUGAGGGAGGUGGGGUGGAUCAUCUACGACGAGGUGCAUUACAUGCGCGACAAGGAGCGCGGCGUGGUGUGGGAAGAGACGCUAAUUAUGCUUUCUAGAACGGUUAGGUUUGUUUUUUUGAGCGCUACAAUUCCAAAUUCGCGCGAAUUUGCGAGUUGGAUUGCGACGCUGCAUUCUCAGCCGUGUCACGUCGUCUACACGGACUUUCGCCCGAUACCGCUCCAGCACUAUAUAUACCCGGCUGGAUCCACCAGCCUGCACUUGGUCGUCAACGAGCGGGGUCAGUUUAUUGAGGACAACUUCCAGAGGGCGCUGGCCAACCUCAUAUCGGACGGCUCGAGUUCGGAGCAGAAGAGGAGGAAUUUGCCGGACAACGUGAUUCAGAUAGUUAAGGUGAUCAUGGAGCGCAACUACGAGCCGGUGAUCGUGUUUGCGUUUUCAAAAAAGUCGUGUGAAACAUUGGCGACAAAAAUCAAUCGCAAUUUCAACUCCAAAGAGGAGCAAGAGAUGGUGAACACCAUCUUCUCCAGCGCCAUUGAUACGCUGCCGGAAGAGGACAAGGCGCUCCCGCAAGUGCGCAGCAUCCUGCCGCUGCUCCAGCGAGGCAUAGGAAUUCACCACUCGGGACUUUUGCCGCUCUUGAAGGAGGUCAUUGAAAUUUUGUUCCAAGAGGGGCUUAUCAAGUGCCUGUUUGCGACCGAGACCUUUUCCAUCGGGCUCAACAUGCCGGCUAAGACCGUGGUUUUCACGUCCGUGAGGAAGUUCGACGGCGACGAUUUCCGCUGGAUUUCCAGCGGAGAGUACAUCCAAAUGUCCGGACGGUCCGGGCGUCGUGGUAUAGACGACCGGGGCAUCGUCGUGAUGAUCGUCGAUGAGAAGAUGGAUCCUUCGGUGAUCAAGAACAUAGUGAAGGGACAAGCGGACACACUCACCUCCUCUUUUUAUAUCGGGUACAACAUGCUUUUGAAUACGCUUCGCGUGGAGACGCUCAACCCCGAGAUGAUGCUUCGCUCUUCGUUCCACAACUUCCAACACAAUCGACACCUCCCCGAGCUGCGUCGCAAGAUAGAAGAGUUGGAGCGGCAAUACAGGGAGAUUCAGAUUGAGAACGAAGAGAUGUUGAGUCAAUUCUAUCAGCUCAACCAGCAGGCGAGCAUCAUACGAGAGUACAUCAACCAGAAAAUAACGCAGCCUGAUUACAUCUUGCCGUUCUUGCAGCCCGGCAGGUUGGUGAGGGUGAGAGACGGAGAAACGAAGUGGGGCUGGGGCGUGACAAUCAACUACCAAAAGGCGUCAAGCGACAGCUUUUCGGGUCUCAGAAAGUCGUCGGAUUUGAAACGCGAUUCAAACCAAAAAUCGGCGUCUUACGUAGUUGACGUUUUGCUCGCGUGCUCCCCCGGCGUGGACUACAAAAGCCCAGACGUCCUCCCGCGUCCGGCGCAAGAGGGCGAGACGCCGGAUCCCCUGAUUUUGCCCGUGCUUUUGGGCCUGAUAGACGGGAUUUCCCAGGUCAAAAUUCGGCUCCCGCACGACUUGCGUCAGAAAUCGCACCGAGAGUCCGUGUGGAAGCUAGUGAAGGAGGUCCAUCGCCGCUUCCCGGACGGAAUUCCGCUACUGGAUCCGGUGGAAGACAUGGAGAUCGCCGAAGACGAAUUCAUCGACAACCUGAAUCGGCUGGAAAGAAUCGAACGCGCCCUGCUCGACAACCCGCUCUUCAGGCGCCGCUCCACGGAUCCAGAGGUCGACAAGCAAUACCAGCUGUAUCUGGACAAAAUCAAGUUGGGCGCUCAAAUCAAAGAGCUGAAAGAGAAGGCUUACGACAGCAACCAAAUCGUCUUGCAAGACGAGCUGAAGUCCAUGAUGCGGGUGCUGCGUCGCCUGGGCUACACCACAAAGGACAACAUCGUGGAAACGAAGGGAAGGGUGGCGUGCGAAAUCAAUGCGGCGGACGAACUCGUGCUCACCGAACUGAUAUUUUCUGGAUUCUUCAACUCCCUUAACAUUCCCAUGGUCGCCGCCAUGUUGUCCUGCUUCAUAUUCCAAGACAAAACCGAAGGAACCAAAAAAGUACCCGAAGCUAUCGCCGUUCACUUCAACAAACUGCUGGAAGUCGUGAGGAAAAUCGGCCAAAUCGAACAAGAAUGCAAACUGCCAACCGAUCCGGAAAAAUACGUCAGCAAGUUCAAGCCCACUCUCGCCGAGGUCUUCUACGAAUGGGCCAAAGGGUCGCGCUUCAUAGACGUUUGCAAGCUGACGGCCGUUUUUGAAGGAAGCAUCAUCCGAGCCAUGCGAAGGCUCGAAGAGCUACUCCGUCAGCUGGUGAACGCGUCCAAAUCAAUCGGAAACACGGAGCUAGAAACCAAAUUCUCAGAAACAAUUUUAACGAUCAAAAGGGGCAUUGUGUUUACUGCUUCUCUGUACUUGUAAAUGCAUAAAAAAUUUUGUGUCUCAAGCAACGAC